AUGUUUCCUAGUCCCGUGACUACUACGCCCUUUUCUGUCAAGGAUAUUUUGAAUCUGGAGCAGCAUCAGACCGGCCUGGCUUCGAUGGAGCUCUCCACCCUGUCCUCCUCCUCCUCCUGCAUGCUGUCAACCUUCAAACAGGAGACGUACACGGCAGAGACAACAGCCCUUCCUGCACUCAGCGAGGAGCAGACUCAGAUUCACCCUUCCAAAAACUCCACCACCUUCCCCAGCUCCUUCUAUGUUAAAAACUACAUGGAAGUGGACUCGGCCAAGGACUCUAAAGUGGACAAGAAAGAACUGUGCUCCCUUCACAAGACCCUGGAACAGGAGAAAGGGGGCUUGGAGGAUCCAGAGCGCCCCAGACAAAGGAAGAGGAGGAAACCCCGCGUCCUCUUCUCUCAAGCUCAAGUCUAUGAACUGGAGAGAAGGUUCAAGCAACAGAAGUAUCUCUCGGCCCCCGAGAGAGACCAUUUAGCGAACGUCCUAAAGCUCACCUCCACCCAGGUCAAAAUUUGGUUCCAGAAUAGAAGGUAUAAAUGCAAAAGGCAGAGACAGGAUCAGACCCUAGAAAUGGUCGGGAUCCCUCCACCGAGGAGGAUAGCCGUGCCUGUUCUGGUAAGAGAUGGGAAGCCCUGCUUAGGGGAAUCUUCCCCCUACAGUUCACCCUACAAUGUCAGCAUUAACCCCUAUAGCUACAACGCCUACCCUGCUUACACGAAUUACAACAGCUCAGCCUGCAAUGCCAACUACAAUUGCAACUACCCUUCCAUGCAGACCAUGCAGCCUGCUGCAGCCGGCAACAAUUUCAUGAACUUCAGCGUAGGGGACUUGAAUUCAGUGCAAACACCGAUUCCGCAGGGUAACGCAGGGAUUUCCACGUUGCAUGGGAUCAGAGCCUGGUAG